AUGUCAAUCCGCAUCGUCCUGGACAAUGGUCCGCCCGAGUACUACUCCAAUCUUGACACCAUCUCCGGGCGGGUGCUUCUGAACCUUAACCGCGCGGAGCAGGUCGGCGCCGUGGUGGUCAAGCUCGAGGGCGAAUCGCGCACCGCCCUGGCCGUCCCGACCAUGGACCCGACCUAUCCGGGCAGUGCCUACCCCGGCGCCCGUGGUGCGCGCCCGGGUAGACUACCCGGCGGAAUCUCGGCUCCCGGCCAGGUCAUGCACGAGAACCACAAGGUGUUGUACAAGGUGCAGCAGGUAUUUCCGGGACCGGAUACUCCGGCCCAUGGUGCGGGCCCCGUGUGGCUGAACCCCGGUCCGCAUUCCUUCCCCUUCCGCUUCAAGAUACCGAUGAACAACAUGUGCGGCGACCCACGCGCCAUGGCGCAGAUCGGCGGCAUCGGAGGCCCCGGUGGGUUCACUGACGGCGCGAACCUGUUCGGCAUAGGUGGCAUCAGGGUCAUGGACGGGAGCAGGCAGCUGCUGUACGCGCACGUCAACAAGCAGCUGCCGCCGACUUUUACGGGACUCCCGCACCAGGCAGAGGUCGGGUACUACGUCAAGGUCACGAUACAGCGCCCGGGCCUGCUCAAGGAGAACUGGCGGUACAAGAUCGACUUUCGCCUCAUGCCGCUCGAGCCGCCCCGGCUGCCGCCGACGGGCCAGGAGGCGUACGCCAGGAGGCCGUUUGCGUUUCGGCCGAGGUCGCCGGCCAGCGCGUCGGCUGCCAACGAGGCUGGCGACAAGAAGAAGAAGAGCUUCUUUGGGUCUGGGUUUGGGAAGAAGGACGAGAAAUCAUCAAACAACCCAUUCUUCACAAAGGGUUCUUCUGCGGACGAGGGUGGAGGUAGCAACGGUGCUGCAAAUGCGACACCCAGUUCGCUGGGCCCGAAUGGCGCCGAUGGGCAGCUGCAGAGGGGGUUGGCGCCGUCGGUGGAAAUGUCGGCGAGGUUGCCAUACCCGAGCGUGCUGACGAUGGGCAAACCGCUGCCGUUGAGGCUGAUGGGCAAAAAGCUCGCACCCAGCAGGGGGGAGCAUGUGUUUCUGACGAGUUUGCAUGUUGAGCUCAUCGGGACGACCAAGGUUCGGUGCAACGAGCUCAACAACAUCGAGACGUCGAGAUGGGUCAUCAUAUCCAAGUCAAACCUCAAGGUCCCCGUCAUCGACCCCGAAGGACCCGUCGGGUCGGAGAUAACGCUGCCGGCAUCAUUGUUUCUCAAUGACGUGAUUCCCAGCGGUCUUGGGCAGGCGGGCAUGACGCCGGCUUUUACGACGUGCAACCUCAGCAGGACUUUUAGUUUGGAGCUCAAGCUGGGUGUCAGCUGGGGACUGCGCGAGACGCUACCGCGAGAUGUGCAGCCGCAGGCGCUGUUUCUACCUCUGACGUUUUCCAAGAUCGAUGUCUACUCUGGCAGGGUGAACCCCGAGGUCCAAGCCCAUGCGGCUCCAGAGGCGACAGGACAUGCCGAGAUCGCACCAGCUUUGCCACCGAGGCAGUCGUCGUCUAGGCCGACUGCGAAUGGUGCUUCUACUACAAACGAUGCUGCUGCUUCUUCCUCGUCAGCUGCCGCCGCCUCACCAAUACAUCGCCCUCCGGUACAGACCAGCGGUGCCGGUGCUGCGCCCGAAUACGAAGCGCCGCCACCGAGUUACGAGGAAGCUAUGAACUCCAAAACUUAG